AUGUACACAACCCCCCAGAGGCAUCCGGGCGACACCCAGCGGCAGUACUCGGUCCCGCCGCCUCCGUCCAUGUCGCCGCCGAUGGCUGGAAAUCAGAUGAACAACAUGAUGCCCCUGCCACCGCCGCCCCCUCGAUAUACUGUUGCAACAGGUGUCCCAGGAACACAGGGCCAUAUGAUACCUCCUCCUCCCCCUCCUCCUCUCAGCGCUUCCAGCCAGCAAGCAUGGUAUAGCAGUGGAUAUGUUCGCAUGAAUGAUAACCGCUUCCCGCCCCCGCCGCCUCCCCUGGGCCAGAAACAGCUGCAAACGUACAAUCCUAGGGAUCAUGCGCAAUAUCCUACAGCACAGAUCGUGUCAGUACCGCCGCCCGUGGCGCCGGCACCCCUGACCAGUGCUACCUAUGUUCCGAGUGGUGAUACCUUCGGGGAGGGUGUUGGCAUUCCGGGGUUUGGCCUUGGCCCUGAUGACCUAUCAGCAUUGGCGGCGCCUCACUCGCCGAACUGGGCCUCCUAUGAAGGCACAGACACACUGGGAACAAUGGGCACACUAGGCACGCUGGGGACGUUAGACAUGUAUGGGAAGACACCUCCUAUUACCGUGACGAUAUCAAACGAAUUAGCCGCCCAGUGGCCGUUGGAUACGGUUCUGAUUUGGCUGGCACACCACCAAUUUUCCAAGGAGUGGCAGGAAACCUUCAAAGCCCUUAAUCUUUACGGAUCGAAAUUUCUCGAAAUCGGGAUUCAUCAACAAAAUAGUCGUGGAUCUGCGAGUAUGAUGCACCAGUUGGUGUAUCCCAAGUUAAAUGAAGAAUGCGUUCGAAGCGGAUGUACAUUUGACCAGGAGAAGGAAAGAAAAGAGGCAUCGCGAAUGAGGCGACUGAUCCGAUCGAUUGUUUCAUCCGGCAGGCCUGAUGGAUCCAAUGCAACUCCUGGAUCAGGAUUUAGAGACUCUCAAGGAACAAGUAUUCCUAGCGAGGCCGGCGAUUCCCCUCUUACACCGGCUCACGCACAUGGGCCUACCAUUCUCGACAAGCACGCACCUGCGCCCACCAUGCUCGAUAAGCCAGCAGGAAGUUUCUCGGAGAGCCGGCCACAGCUCAAACCACCACAGAACUUGGACUCCAGUGAUUUCCAUCGCCAAGUGUUCAAGAGCUUAGAUUCCGAACCUUCGUACGGAAGUCCUAAAGGCGAUCAUGGAGAGUUUACUGGUAGUCCCUUCCAGCUGGGCACUACCUUAAUAUCUCCGUCACCAACCAAUACCGAAUUUCACCAUCGCCGAGGACGUAAUAGCACCGACUCUACAUUUUCAGCGGGACAAGGAAACUCGGCCGAAGCCUCAAGUUCAAAAGGGUUGAGUUUCCCGACAUCCGCAGGAAUGACCGAGCGCCCAAAACAAUCUCCUCUGGAAUCGGCUGAACGACCUGCUGCAGGGGAAACCCCGGGCUGGCAGCAAGGCCUCACUAGGAUUUUUCGUACACGUGCCAAGACUCCAAAGGAUGAACGAGAGUCACCUGGGGAGGGUGAUUCGCCAACAGAUCCAAUGAGUAGGGAUAGGGAUGACGCUGCUACCAUGAGUCGGCCUGGUGUUGCAACAACCAACACGAGCAACAACACAUUCACAAUUGUUAAGCGCACGAGGAUUUAUGUGUUGGUGACAAUGGAUUUCUGGAAUUAUCGCAUGUGUGAUGUCACUACCGCGUAUACCGCAGCCGAUCUCCGCAGAGAUAUCUGUGCCUCCCUCGGAUUGCACGAUAGCGAGAACUUCCGAAUUCAUCCAACCGAGCUGGGGAGAUUUGAGCACCUCACGCCUCUUGCCGACCAAGAACUUCUGACCUUGAAGCGCAACAAAGCUGACACUAUUGGAACCCUUAAAUUCUUCGUUGCUCCGUUGAGCCAACCAAGCGGGACUUGGCGGCUCUCUAAUGGCUCCAACAAUGGAUCUAAUAAGGUCCCCCAUCCAACCACCCUUUCGCCUGGUUAUCUUCCACCUGGCGUAUCUGUAGAGGAUAGCAAGAAUCCUCGUAACAGAUCAAAGCCAUCACCGGGGACAAACUUGACAGUUGACACUAGUCUGGGUAAGAAUGGUGAGGAGAGGAGGUCUCCUAGUGAGAGAAAGGAGGAGCAGCGGAGAAAGCAACAAGUGAAAGCAAGCCCGAGAUCGCCCGAAUCAGCGACAAGCAUCGUUGGGAAGCGGCACGUUGACUUCAAUCAACCGCGAACCUCGCCUUUCGAGGAUAAGAAACACGAUGUUAUGUUCCCGCAAAGGAGCCCCCCUGCUCCGCCUUCGGAUCCCUCUGCCACCCUGAUUAAAGCCAACUCACUUUCAAAGCCCAAGGGCGCAAAUCGUCGGUCUGCAAACCGCAUCUCGGAUGGCUUUAUAACACCAAGAGUGCCAUAUGAGAAGAUGUUGGAGAAGGACAAGAAAUAUAGACCAUUGCCGCCUAGCGCGAUGAAGAAGGACAUUGGUUCGAGCGGAUCGCCUGCAUUAGGAUCAUCAAAAUCUCCUGGAUUUACAUCUCCGCAAAAGUCGGCGACAAAACCAGAAUUCCAACCCGCUGAUCACAAUUCUGGAUCAACAAGCGGGAGUCAGAGGAUAUUAACCCCGACAGCUGAUGAAAACAGCGAUCCGACGCCCUGGGAAGAAUUCACAGGAGGGUCCUUCGCUAAGACAAUAACCUCUCCAACUCCAGAGCCGGACGCCGAUGGUAGUGAUGAUUCUGAUGACGGUCUGUUCGCGAUUAUGCCGAACAGAGGCAAUAAGGGGCCUGCGAAGAAGCUUGGGCGGGCUCCAUCGAAACCAAAGACGCCCAAGUCUGCGCUGUUAGGCAACAGGGAACGAGAUAGGAAGACCCUGUCUGUUAAUUUCAGCACCACGUCCCCUAAAUCGCCCGAAUUCCGAGAUCGUCCUCGCCAAACUGGAAAGGGGAAGAGAGGGUCAUUUAUUGAGAUGGAGAAGGAUAUGGAUACAUGGGCUAACCGUCCUCCCACCGAUGCUCUGAUAAACAACCUGGACGACUUCUUCCCUAACCUUGAUCUUGAUGCCCCUGUUAUCGAGGAGACUGGGGAAGGAGGAAUGGCAGCGUCGCCUAUUACCCCUGACGACGAUGAUAUAGAGAGGAUUGACCAGGCCGAGAAAAAGAGCCCAGCAUCGCCAACUGCUGGGCCGUCCUCAGCCAAAACCCAGGAAUCCGAUGGAGCGUUUGGACCUGGAAAGUCCUUCCUGGACAAUGACAGCGAUACUCUGGGCUCUGAUGAAUCAACACUCAAAGCAUUGGAGCGACCUAUGUCGAUGCAUAGCCAUAAGAAGUCUAAUAGCAAAGGGGACCGACGUUCUAUGGGAGGACUUGGGCGGAAGAACACCAUUCGUGACAUUGCCAACAAGCGGUAUACUCGCAACAUGCAAAAUUACGGGACGAGUACGAGCAAGGCAACCGACAAGGAUAAGAUUAUGCGACGCAAGAGCACCAAGAUGUUUAACGCCAACAUUGUUCAGAUCAGGCCCGACGAGAUGCCAGCCAUACCUAUGCCACAAGAGCACGAGCCUAUGCCAAAGCGACAAACGACUUUCCGAUGGUUUAAGGGUCAGCUUAUUGGCAAGGGUACUUACGGGCGAGUAUACUUGGGAAUGAACGCCACCACUGGUGAAUUCUUGGCUGUGAAAGAGGUGGAGGUCAAUUCUAGAGCGGCUGGCGGCGAUAAGGAGAAGAUGCGAGAGAUGGUUGCAGCCCUUGACCAGGAAAUCGACACCAUGCAGCAUCUGGAUCAUAUGAAUAUUGUGCAGUACUUGGGUUGCGAGCGAAAGGAGACGAGCAUUAGCAUCUUCCUCGAGUAUAUUUCUGGUGGUAGCAUCGGAUCGUGUCUACGAAAGCAUGGGAAAUUCGAGGAGUCUCUGGUCUCCUCGCUGACACGCCAAACUCUGGCUGGACUGGCGUACCUUCACCGAGAAGGCAUUCUGCAUCGGGAUCUCAAGGCAGACAAUAUUCUGCUUGAUCUCGAUGGCACCUGCAAGAUCAGUGAUUUCGGUAUCUCUAAGAAGACAGACAACAUCUAUGGCAACGACAAGACGAAUUCCAUGCAGGGUUCAGUCUUUUGGAUGGCGCCUGAAGUCAUUCGUUCGCAGGGUGAGGGUUACAGCGCCAAGGUUGAUAUUUGGAGUUUGGGAUGUGUAGUAUUGGAAAUGUUUGCCGGCCGCCGGCCCUGGGCAAAUGAAGAAGCCGUGGGUGCUAUCUACAAAAUCGCCAACGGAGAAACACCACCCAUUCCCGAGGAGAUUCAGGAGACGAUUGGUCCACUGGCAGUCGCAUUCAUGAUGGACUGUUUCCAGGUAAACCCCUCGGAACGGCCGACGGCGGACAAAAUGCUCUCGCAGCAUCCGUUCUGUUUCGCAGACCCUGAAUUCAGGUUCGAAGAUACUACGCUGUAUGCAAAGAUCAAGGGUAUGGCCAGUUGA